GGCAACUUCGCCGUCGCCAUGCAUAUGCAUGUUUGCUCUGUUGGUUAUGUUCUCUAAAGUUCAUCACAAGGAGAAGAGGGGUUGAAAGAGUUGCCCAGGGCGCUGGCUUCAUCACAAAAAAGUCAAACCCCCCAGAUCUUUUUUUCUUGAAAAUCUGACCGCUGCUCUGACACUUUCUCUUCUUUGUAACUGAAUAGUAUCCAGUGUCGCAUUUGCCAUCGGAUUAGAAAGAAGUUGGGUCGUUUGGUAAAUCAGAGUCUCAAGGCAAGCCGCGAUAAUCAACGCUCAGCUCUACGCAAACAUCUCCAGAAAUGCAUCAGCCACCACAAGUCAUCGUUGCCGAAGACGCGCAAACAGAUGAUGACCGCUCCGAGAUCGAGAGCAUUGCCACGUCGAGUACGAGCAUCAGCAGUUCGAUUCUAGAUUAUAGAAUCGAGAACGGAAGAACUUACCACCGAUAUAAAGAUGGCAAAUACGUUCUUCCGAAUGAUGAAUCGGAAAGCGAUAGACUAGACAUGCAACACGAGAUCUUUCUCUACACUAUUGGUGGGAGACUGGGGCAGGCACCCUCGUGUGAUAAAGAAGCACGCGUUGGGCGCGUCCUCGACGUCGGCACCGGUACCGGCAUUUGGGCUAUUGACUUUGGCGAACUCCAUCCCGAGGCCGAGGUCUAUGGGGUUGAUCUUUCGCCCAUUCAGCCAGAGUUCACACCGCCAAAUGUAAGAUUCGAGAUUGACGACGUUGACGAGGAUUGGACCUAUUCGCAACCUUUUGAUUAUAUCCAUAGUCGGUUCAUGACGGGUGCUAUCACCGACUGGAGGAAGUUUUUCAGGUCUGCUUACGACAACCUCAACCCUGGCGGGUGGUUCGAAGUUCAAGAUGCAGAUAUCAAUCCCCAGUCCGACGACAACACGUUCCCCAAGGAUUGCGCCUUGGCUGAGUACGUCAACCUGCUCCAAGAAGGCGCAACCAUGGCGGGCUGCGACUAUGUCGAUAUUCCUGGUUUGUCGUGUCUCAUGGAGGAGGUUGGAUUUACCGACGUCUCUGUUCAGAUGUUCAAGUGGCCUAUUAAUCCAUGGGCGAAGGAUCCUAAGUACAAGACGCUUGGCCUUUGGACCCAGGAUAACUUUAGCAGCGCUCUCCAUGCUCUCUGCAUGGCGCUCUUCACGCGCGUCCUCGAGUGGACACAAGAGGAGGUUGAGGUCUUUCUCAUCAACGUGCGCAACGAUGUGAAGAACACGAACUAUCACGCGUACUUCCGCAUCUACUGCGUCGUCGGCCGCAAGCCUGAGACGCAGGCUGAGAAGACGCCAGCUGCUCCUCCCCAGAUUCCGUCUCUUGCAGCUCCUGCGGCUACAAGUCCGACGAGUCCCGCGACGCCUGCGACUGCUGGAUCUACAAGUCCGAAGAGUCUGAAGAGCCCGCAAAGUCCAAAGAGCCCCGUGACUCCUUCAAAGGCUGCAACAGCUGCUCAAGAAAAGUCGUAGACUUGUCAAGUGUGUCGGUAUAGAGUGACGUGGUUGUCACUGAUGGCUUCCUUGAAUGCAUUUACACAGAGUCAAGCUUGAGACCCAAGGGGAGGGGGGGAAGGCUAUCAUUCUAGCAAGCCAUAAUGUUUUUCAUACAUGUUGCAGCAGCUGAAAGACCAUUGUGCUACAACCUAGAUGCUGGGGAGAGAGUCUAGACUAGUUGGGGGCGGCUACUAAAUAUGCAAAUUGACAUGGGUCCCAAGGACCUGGGAGGAGCGCAAGCGGCGUUCCGCACCUCUGCCC